AUGUUCAACCACCUUCUUCGACCAGGGUUUCCUGCACGUCCUGUAUAUCGAAGUAAGCAGCAAGAAGUCACGACCAUGUCUUUGACGCAGCAGAUCGACGCCGAAAAUGCGCCCAACUACGAGGACAUGGAGAAGCAGUUUGCAGUCAAGGCUGUUCAUCAUAUGACGGUCUAUUGGGGUAUCCUCGAGAAGAUGCCUGGAUCCGUAUUGAGAUUGACGCGUAUGGAUGACGAGAUUCUCGAACAUUUCAAAAAGGACUUUCCCGACUUCGAUCCUGCUCAGACCAUAGAUGAGGACAAGAUGAAGAGUAAGGAAGGGAAAGAACAAUGGAGAAAUUUCGUCAACCAGUACGAGAAAAAGGUCGAAGACUUCAAUUUUGGCACUAUGUUGAGAAAGAACCCGCAAACAGAAUAUGGUGAGAAGGAAACCAUCUUUGCUGUUCGUAUGCAGUUCUACGCCAUCGAGAUUGCCAGAAAUCGUGCUGGCCUGAAUGAUUGGAUUUAUGAGCAGGCACAAAAUGCUAAGAAAGCUUCGUAG